AUAAACCAUAUAUAACGAUAGAAUUAUCGGCGACAUAUCGGAUACAACGAUAGAAUUCUGGCCGCCCGGAAGGUGCUUAUCACGAAAAAUUUGCCUGGAAAUUUGAGAAAAAUUAAAAUACUUGAAGCGAACGACAUGAAAACUAGUAAAAAUAUCAAAAACCGGUCGGCGUGGAAAGAUCCGCUAGGUGACGCGAGGCGCCGCCCGAUUUAAAAAGUUCAGCCUCAUCCUUCGGAACUAAGUGCUAUCGUCAUCGCAAUCGCUGAAGGGAGGAGAGAAAGAGCUUGCUUGGCCGCCGCCGCGCAACGCUUCCUAGUUUUCCCCCGUUUCCGCACGUUCGUACGUUCGUGAGGUAAAAAUGGCGCCGACUAAGCGCAAAGCGAUAUCUCUGGAGGUGAAGCAGCGAAUUCACCGGGAUUUCCGACAAGGAUUCAAGGUUGGUAGCCUCGCAAAAAGAUACGAGCUGUCUCAAUCAACGAUUUCUACAAUCAUCAAGGCUGGAGAUGUCUUGAAGAAGGCUGGCACCAGCGGUCACGACGACCAGCGAAAGCGGGUUAGGGAUCCUUUGUACGGCGACGUUGAAGACUCCCUGUACCAGUGGUUCUUGACCACUCGCAACCGGAACGUGCCCAUAAGUGGACCUAUUCUUGCCGCAAAGGCGAAGAAAUUUGCUUCCCUUCUGGGACGGGAAAACUUCGAACCCGGCGGAGGAUGGAUUCAGCGGUUCAAGGAUCGCCACGGCAUCGUUUAUAAAAACGUCGUCGGGGAGGCUGCCUCGCUGGACGUAAAUGCGAAAGACGAAUGGCUGGCGACGAAAUUACCCGAGCUGUUGGAGCGCUUCCAAGAAAGUGACAUUUUCAACGGCGAUGAAACAGCACUCUUUUAUGAGAUGCUGCCUACAAAGACGCACGCGCUGAAAGGUGACCCGUGCGUUGGUGGCAAACAUAGCAAGGUCCGGGUGACGGUGUUUGUGUGCGCAAACAUGGACGGUACCGAGCGUCUCAACGCGGACAACGCUGCCGCUUCAUGCGAGGAGUCUACUGAUGAGGCCAUUGCCGAGGAACAGCAAUCGCGACGAAAAAUCACAUCGAGCGACUGCGAAAGUAGUGACGACGACGGCGGCGACGAGAACACCCCGCCUCCAAUGUCUUCACAAAAUGCCCUGCUCUCCAUCCAGUCGCUGGUCGGUUUUGUGCACGCAAAAGGACUGCCGCCAGCGUACGCGCAACAACUGGAAGCAAUGCACACGGCAAUUGUCAAACUUCAGCUCAAGCAAGCGCAAAUUUCCGACUUUUUUAAGCAUGCUUAAAUUAUUUUACAGUCAUUUUCGUACCUUUUAAUAAAGCCUUCGGUUUUCUUUGCCUCGGCUCGCGUUGUACGACCUGAUUCACUCAUCGCCCGUAAGUAACUUCUCUUUGUGUUUUUUUUUUGUCGGUCCAGAUAUAACGAUAAUCGGCUAUAACGAUUGGAUUUUGCGGU